CGGCGGUCACGUGCGCCCGGGGGCGGGGCGGCCCCGCGCGCACGGGCGGGCGCAGCGCGGAGCCGGCGCGGCCCCGAUGCCGAGCGCCGCCGGUCGGCCCCGCCAUGGGCGGCUGCGUGGGGCGGCAGCGCCGGGAGCGGCCCGCCGCCGCCGGCAACACCCGCAAGCGAGCAGGCCGCAAUGAGCCCCUGAAGAAGGAGUGUCCCAAGUGGAAGAGUGACUACCCCAUGACAGACGGACAGCUGCGCAGCAAGCGGGACGAGUUUUGGGACACAGCACCUGCCUUUGAAGGCCGUAAGGAGAUCUGGGAUGCUCUGAAGGCAGCUGCCUAUGCUGUAGAAGCCAAUGACCACAGCCUGGCCCAAGCCAUCCUCGAUGGAGCCAGCAUUACCCUGCCCCAUGGGUCCCUGACAGAGUGCUAUGACGAGCUGGGCAACCGGUACCAGCUGCCCGUCUACUGCCUUGCACCCCCCGUCAACCUGAUCCUGGAGCGGAGCGAGGAGGAGGCGGUGGAACCCCCUGAACCUCUGCCCAACGCCCGGCGGGAGUUCACCCUCAAGGUGCGCCUCUCCACUGGCAAGGACCUGCGGCUCAGCGCUAGCAUGAGCGACACCAUUGGGCAGCUGAAGAAGCAGCUGCAGGCACAGGAGGGCAUUGACCUGGCCUGGCAGCGGUGGUUCUUCUCAGGCAAGCUGCUCACUGACCGCACACGACUGCAGGAGACCAAGAUCCAGAAGGAUUUUGUUGUGCAAGUGAUUGUCAACCAGCCCCUUCCACCCAGGAACUGAGCCAUCCCCUACUGGUUGAGGGGAGAGGGCAGGGGGCUGGGGGACAGUGGCACCUCUGGGGAUUCCCUGUGCUGUGUUCCGGCCCAUCCGGAGCUGCUCCUGCUCGCCCCUCAGGCUGCUCUCCACACAGGUGACGCCCCAGGAAGGUCUGCAUGGGGCAGUGCCACCACGGUGGCUCCCUUUGGCUGGGGACACGGGCAGGCGCCGUGUUUGCUGAAGGAGUUCGAGACCAAAUGGAUCUGGGGCUGGGGCUCCUCUGCCAGGCUGUGCCGGCAGGGAGAGGCUGUGACCCACUGGGCUCUGGCUUCCCCCUGGCCAGGAGACCCGUGGGGUGCUGGGCUGGGUGGAGAUGUCUCCCCUGUGUACAUAGUCUGUAUUUAUCAAUAAAGCCUUUUCAUCCUUCCUCUGGCCUUGGGGACAGGCUGGAGGGGUCUGUAACCCAUAGCCACGGGAGGUCCC